AUGACUAUUGCUGCAUAUGCGUAUGAAACAAAUGAAGCAAGAAGAGCACAUGAACUAGUAAACGAAAACUCAACUUUAACCAUUGAAGGCAAUGAUUUAGUCAUUGACGAUGGAAAAACUAAAAAAGUCAUUGAUUUCGAUACUUUUAACACUUAUGACCCAUUCAUUACAACAAGCAAGGUUCCCAUCAUAAAUGAUGGAACGGUGCAAUAUAUAAAUUCUACAGUAGAUGCCUCAUUAGUGAAAGUAUUAAAUGUUCUCAUUGAAUUGUUAAAGAGCUUUCGAUUUGACGACAACAUUAAAUGCCUAAAGAAUUUAGUCAUGAAUGAGAAACAAAUUCUCGGCGUUGCUGGUAGCAGUAAUGAUGUACACCUUAUGACAUUAGAAUAUUAUAA